GAAGGCAACAAGUACCAGGUGUGUUUUAGCUGCAGGGCAUUGACUCGCCUGGUCAGUAUAAAUUGGCUACAAUGCAAUCAAAUAUCAUUUCAGAUGAGUAGACAAAUAUACGGUCAUAUAAAGUCCAACCCUCAUGAAAGUAAUGGCGCUAGAAGCUUACAGAGAAAUAUGAUUAAUAUAAAUCAACCUCUGGUUAAUAGGAAUGGGUACACCUACCUCAAUCAGUCAGUUGAGGCUGAUAAGGUCAUGGGUGACUCACAUCUUUCUCCCACGAGCAUCUCCCGCUUUGGAUAUAUUAAUGGUGAAGUCAAGAGAACAAAUUCCAGCAUAAAAAUCAACACUGAAGGAAAUGACGUUGUAAUGCCUCUUAAGAGUAAGACCAAAGGACUUAAGAAGAAGGCAGGAAGAAUGUGCUCGACUCUUAAUCACUUUUAUAAAUAAAAGCAGGGUUGGAAACAAGCUGAAGCAGAAAUAACUCUAAUAAGAGUAAUAUGUACUCAAACAACAGCGAUUAUUCCAGUAAUCAAAAAUCUGGAACAGGAGACCACAGAAAGAAAGUCAAGAAAGGAAAUAAUCAGUUUUUGAUUACCGCUCAUCCAGCCAUGCACAAAAAGGGAUCCUUCCAGACCGAGCUAAAUUCCAGUGGGUGGAAGAUCACAAAGCCUAAAGAUGGGAAAAAGUCCCCUGAUUACCUGAAUAGCAAGUCAAACCCAUUUGUAAAGAACAACUUACCCCCUGUGAUCCUUAAAACAGCUCAGUGUUUUUAUAAAUAAAGGGUCUAUUAAAGGAACCAAUUAUGAUAAGUACAUCAUAGAGAAAGCUAAAUAAACAGA